AUGAAUGGUUCCUCUUUCGAUGAGGAAGAGGAUAACAACCCAUUUUCCCAAUCGCAUCAAGGUAUUGCAAGCAUUAUGAAUGACCGAUCCCAAUUAAAUGACAAGAAAGAUGAAGACAUCACUAAUGAAGAUGAUGAUGAGUCUAUGCUUCUUUAUACGUCAGGUUCAAAGGAUCCUACGGUUACAAAUGAUGCAUUUAAUAAAGUGCAAAUGAAUUAUGAGAGCAGAGUGACAAUGAUGCUAAAACCCAAUAAAAAAGCAAAGAUCCAAAUCACCGAGGCAGGUAACUCUAGUGAAGGGAUGCUGAAUUCACUGAAGAAGUAUAUUGUAUAUACGAUAAAGUUGAUUGAUGCUGAUAACAAAGAGGACGAAGUGCAAACAAGGAGGCGAUAUAGUGAUUUUGAAAGUUUGAGAGAAAUCUUAACUAAGAUAUUCCCAUUGAUUAUUAUUCCCCCAAUUCCACCCAAAAACUAUUUUAAUUUUACGAUGCUCAAUUUCGUGAGUCAAGAUCACAAUGGCAAUACUACUAAUACUACAAAUAACAGUCUGCCAAAUAACUAUGCAUAUAUCAAUUCAACCCAUUUAAAUAAGAACAAGUUGAUUGAGCAUCGUAAGCGCUUAUUGACGAGUUUUUUGAAUAAUUGCUUGCAAAUUCCCCAGGUUAGGAACUUAGAAUUUUUUGCUAAGUUUCUAGACCCAAAUGCAAAUUGGACCGAUGAGAUCUCAUUGAUAAGCAGUCAGUUACCCAAAUCAAUAUAUUUACUGAACCCUGAGAAUGGAUUAAGAACGGAUUCGCUCUAUGAAAAUCUUCCCAACCCAGUCAGUAACCAUACUAUGAGUUUCCUAAAAGAUAAUAGGAAGAGGCUUUCAAAGAAGACUAAUAAAAUUCUUUCAACCGAAACGACUACGCCGACUGAUAAUGUGGUCAGUCAUACUGGAUCAUCUCAUCGUCAUAAUGCAUUCGAUACUUCUGGGUUAGAUUGCAUAAACAAGAAAAUAAUGGAAAACUUCAGCGGUUUAUCAAAUGAUUAUAUGGAGCUCGGGGCUAUUUUCAACUCCUUUUCUUUGAUACUUUCAGAAUCUCCACGAGUAGGAAGGUCGAAGUCUACGUCAGAUGAAGACGAAGAAGCCACGCUUCAUAUUAUUUUUGAUAAAAUAGGUCAAGUAUUUGAUAGAUCCUAUAUUACAAUCAACUCAUUAAUUGGGGAUCUAGAGACGAAGUUUUCAGAACCAUUAGGAGAAGCGGUGCAGUAUUCUGAUAUAUUAGCGUUCGUUACUAAAUUUCAAGAACGUAAAGUACGUCAAAAGAGUUUACUUGAUAGCGAAUUAGUUGAAAAGAGAAAUGAACUAGAAGAUCUCAUGAAGGCUGAGAAAGAAACGUCUCGAAUUGAAAAUGUUGGGGAUGCUCAAGCCAUAGCUAAGGAUGCCAAGUUUGAUUUGUCUACUGCUACCGAUACAUCAGUUGCGGCAAAUCAACUGACAGCUCAUCAGGCUAGUAAAUUCAGAAUGUUCCCAACCAUGAGUUCCUUUAAAAAAAUUACACAAUACGUGACAGAAAUUAUUGAUCAGAAUCCUGAAGAGACUCGGAAACAAAGAAUUAGUAGUUUGAUCGAUAAGAUAGGCACACUAGAAAAAUGCCAAACGAUCAUGCUUCAGGAUAUCAAUUAUGUCACAGAUGAGCUAAACAAAAACAUUAAGCUGUUUCAUGCCAAGCAGUUCAAGUUGAUUUACGAGAUACUAUCAUGUUACACUGGAUUCUUGAUAAGCUGGGCAAAGAAGAAUCUAGAUAUAUGGGAAGAAAUUAAAUUAGAAAUCGAAAAAUUAUAA